AUGCACGAAAUAAUAACCCUCCAACUGGGACAGAAGAGCAACUAUCUUGCUACUCAUUUCUGGAAUACUCAGGAAUCUUAUUUUACAUAUUCUCCGGAUCAAGAAACUUUAGUUGACCAUGACAUUCAUUUUCGACCGGGAAUUGGUGCCGAUGGCACAGAGACCUUCACCCCACGGACCCUCGUCUAUGAUCUCAAGGGAGGGUUUGGCUCCAUGAGAAAGAUCAAUGCGCUUUACGAAGUAGACGAACCAGUCGCCCCCCAAGGAUUAUGGAACGGGCCAACAGUGGUACAAAGACAGACAGCAAUCCAGCAGAAUGAGUACCAGAGAAGCCUCGAUCAAGGGGUGGCUCCUCCACAACUCACUUCCGAAUCGGUCAAGUACUGGUCGGAUUUCAAUCGAGUCUACUUCCACCCUAGAUCUAUAGUUCAACUGAAUGAGUUUGAGCUCAAUUCUACCCUGAUGCCUUUCGAGAACUGGAACCUCGGCGAAGAGCUGUUCAACUCAUUGGACAAAGAACAUGAUCUUUUAGAUCGUGAUCUUAGGUAUUUCGCCGAGGAAGCGGACCAAAUGCAAGGCAUUCAGUUGAUGGCCGGAAUUGAUGAUGCUUGGGGAGGCUUUGCAGCAAGAUAUUUGGAUCGAAUCCGGGAUGAGUAUGGGAAGACAUCUGUCCUCUUCUGGGGACUAGAAGACAGCAUCAAAACUAUUCCACGAGAGAAACGAUUCUUGAAGCUUUCGAACACAGCUAGGUCGAUCUCGGAAAUAGCACCACAAGCCUCUCUGUUCGUUCCCAUGGCUAUUCCUUCAGAUUCUCCGCCCUCAUACAUCACCUUGGAUACACACUCACCAUGGCAUAUAUCUGGACUUCUGUCCACGGCUAUGGAGAGCAUGUCUCUCCCUUCUCGCUUAAAAGUUCAAAGCAGUGCUCGGCAAACCUUUGAUCAGAUUUCAAACGCGGUUAAUGUGAACGGGAACCAAACAAUCACGAGGCUUCGGAUGACUAUCGACCAAGAAUUAGCCCUCAAUGGACACGGCGAUUCACAGGUUGCGGGAGGAAUUGGGCAAAUGGGGGAUUCAAGAGUUCCGCUCGGAAACGGCCAUGUCAAUGAUUCAAAUUUGAAUCAGGAGGAGGAACCCAAGACUCUUGACAUGGAUUUCUUCUCUACGGAGACUGGCGAGCAAUUCCGAACUCGCCGCCCCCGCAAGCCCCAUGUUUUUGGCCAAGUUGAGAACUCUCGGGGGACUCAUGAUCAGCAACAAACACAGUUCAUUGGAGAAGACGAAGGACACGAGCGCGCGCGGCGUCGAGCGGCUGGUCUUCCAAUUAUCCAAAGAACGAAAAUACCCAUGUCUUUCCCCUUGCUCGAUAGCUUCCCGCAUAUAUUUGCUCAAACUAGCACGACUCCGCCAUCGCUAGCAGUAAGCACAUCUUUGUCGACGGACACAUCGGUUGCUUUGAGGGUGAAGAGCCUUCAGAAUAUUGUCAACAGGGCAAUAAGCGUUGAUGAGCGUGAGGCUCUGAGCAAUUCUCUUGGUGAGAUAGCGGAAGCCUAUGAGGAAGGCUGGGAUAGUGGAACUGAUGAGGAUGAUGACUGA